AAUCGUACUCCCUAUCUCCACACAAUCGCAUCGUGCCGAUCACUGGGGAAGAAGCUGCUGCAAUUACCAUGCUCCCAAGUCCCUGGAUUUGAACUUUGAACCGUCCUCCCCAAACCCCCCCCCCCUCGGAAUCGAACCCACGUUUGUGUCCUGGUCUGAUCCGGGCAUUCAGUCUUCCUGUCGAAAUGACAACAGAGACAUGGCCCUGAGAUGCCCAACAAAUACGUUUGGAUAUCUUUGCCUUGAGAAUGCCGCAGUAAGAGAGUUUCAUUUCCUUCCCCCGCUGACUAGCUUGAUGUGAUGAAGAGAUCAGAUGGUGUAUAAACACUGGUGCUUUCAGAAUCAGCUGACACAGGAGCGGGUGAAGCUGCAGAGAAUGGGCCUCAGCAACACGGGCCGCUGUUUGCCUCUAAUGGUUGCCUUGAGCUGCAGUGUUUUCAUGGUCGAUCGAUCCCAGGGUGCAACAUGUUCACCAGGAUCUCAAGUUGCCCCAAAUGGCAACAAUCAGUGUAUUGAUAUCGACGAAUGUAAUUCCUCACCCUGUCAUGUUAAUGCAACCUGUCUCAACACAAAUGGUUCCUACGACUGUACCUGCAACUCAGGGUUUCAGGAACCAGCCAGAUCUGCCGGCAAACGUAAAGGGCUGAUGUGUGAAGGCAUGUUCCUGUCUCUGGGCCUUGUCGCCAAGGACAGUGUUCAAUGCCCAUCCCUACUUGCUCUUGAAGUUGAUGGCGAGCUGCCUUCUUAA